AUGGCAACUUUCGAACAACAAUUUACGGCAUUUGCGAAAUUCGGAGACACCGCAUCGGACGGUAAGGUACUGAAUCUUUCGAAAAGCGACAAAUGGAUGAAGCAAGCCAAAGUUUUCGACAAAAAUCUCACCACUACCGACUCGGCGAUAACGUUCAACAAAUUCAAAAAGAAGACACUGACGCUGGCGGAAUACAAACAAUACGUCGAGGCUUUGGCCAAGGCUAAGAACGUCGAUCCAAAAGUCCUUUUCGAUAAAAUGACAUCGUGUGGAGCACCGGGCUUAUCCGGAGUCACGGAAACUACGACGGACGAUAUAACUGCGAGGAUGACCGACACGAGUAAAUUCACCGGGUCUCACAAGGAACGUUUCGACAAAGAUGGCAAGGGCAAGGGCAAAGAUGGACGAGAGUAAAUCUCAACAAAUUAACACUAAACCAGGGCAUGACCUUGAGUGAACAUAACCAAAUCGGCAAAAUAAUGUACAAACUCUUUGAUCGGUAUAAAAUUUAAAAUCAUAUAAAAAUUAUAUUGGUUCGUUCAUCGACGCAACGUUUUUUCGGAUUCCCUGAGAUAAUAAUAUGAUUAUAUUCAAACAGAAAUAAUAAAAAAAAAGGAAAAAAAUACGAGCAAUUUCGAACGUUAUUUUUGUAUGAACUCGGAACUGUUUUUCUCGUUCCCCUCUUAAACUUUCUUACUAUGUACUAUGUACGAACGGGAAAGAACAUCAUAACACUUCACCUUCUCCUUUC